AUGCGGUGUAUGCACACCUGCCCAGUACGCGCCCGAAGCGGCCAUUUAAGGCUGAGAUGUAUAACAUACUACUCAAUUUUCAAGGACUGGGAUGGCGUGCGCGUAUACAAAGAAAAUGAAAUUUCAUGGGGUCUAUACACUGAAUUCGAUGCGGAAGCAGCCAAGUAUUUGGCGCUAUUAGACGCAGAACUGCAAUCAAUUAAAAGGAGUUUAAUUUCAAAAUUCCCUAACUUAGAUCUCAGCACCGUAUUACCUAUUCAAGAACGUAUCAUUCAACAAUAUGGAGACGAUGUCAAAGAUCGCAGUAACCUGCAAAUGGUUGUUUCUUCUAACAGGGGAUACGCGUCCUGCAGAACUCCAGCUGUAGCGGGCCGUUUAUUCCAGGAAGAUGUGCCGAGUGGCAUGUGCGUACUGCGCGGUAUAGCGGAGUUGGUGGGUGUACCGACACCUACGAUCGACAUGAUGAUAGAGUGGCAUCAGAAGUUUAUGAAUAUUGAAUUCCUUAAAGACGGAAAAUUAAACCCUAAAACAAUUCAUCUGACUACAGCACCCGCUCGCUAUGGAAUUCAAACUGCAGACCAACUCGUUGCCACUGCAUUGAGAGGAUGCAGCAACACGGGCUCGCACUAA